GCUCGGUGACGUAAGAUUUUGAGGCGUUUUUGCUUGACGCUAGGUGUACUCCGUCAUUCUCGGGGUGGACUGUAGUGCCGGAGCGGCUGUUGCUGCGCUUCUGUGCGCAGUCCCGCAGUGUCCGGGUAGUACUGCCCCGCCGCUACUUCUUCACAGGUUAUGCCGUAAAGGUAAUCCUUCUAUCAAUAUGAAGUUCUAAAGGAAGACACAUCUCGGUGUGUAACCUGUUACGAUGCGUUUUAUAAUAAUGCCAGAGGAGUAGAAAGUCUCUCAAAGACUACUUAUCAACAAGUUUAAAUGAUCUUCCUGGAUUGCAAGCGUUUCACCUGGUUCCUGGAAUGAUGACCCACUUCGUGUUUUGAAGCAAAAUCCUACCAAAAAUGUUUCAUUUUAUAGGGAUGCCAACUACCUAGAUUCAUGCGCCCAACGUGUACAGUUGUGGAUGGUUUACCAUCGGAAAACACCACAAGCUCGUUUCUUCGCCUGUUUUCUGAAAUGUCAAUUCUUCGUGCUUUAGACCCAGUCCAGACCUGGCUGGGGCAGGAGCUGGAGAAAUGUGGUAUCGAUGCCAUGAUAUACACAAGAUAUAUCUUGAGUCUUCUGCUGCAUGACAGCUAUGAUUAUGACCUUCAGGAACAGGAAAAUGACAUCUUUGUGGGCUGGGAGAGAGGUGUUUUUAAGAGGUGGGGAAAAGGCAAGAAGAAGAGCGCUGAUCUGACUUUGGAAGAAAUUAAGAAACAAGCCGCGGUCCAGUGUCUGCUCUCAGCUUCUGAUGAGAGCUCUGGAAUAGAAACUUUAGUAGAUGAGCUUUGCACUAAACUGAAAGAUCUAAAGUUUAACCAAGAUGAGCAGUUACCAACACUUAAGGAAGAGAGUAACAAAAGCGGCGAUGCACCUUCCAGAGACUGCAGUCAAUCUCCUGCGGGAAAAGAUCUGGCAGAAAUGUAUUAUGCUGCCUUUCCACCUUUAUCGGAAAAGCCAGUCUGCCUGCAAGAAACAGCGACUGUGUGGAAUAAAUCCAAUAAAGUUUGCUCUUCUAACUCCUCCGCCUCUUCUUCCACUGCCCCACAAACGAGCACAGAAACUCCAUCGCCUAAGGAUUACAAUAGCGAAAGUGAAACUGUCAUUACUAACAGCAACGAUGGAGCUUCAAACUCUGUACAUGGAAGGAACCAAGAAAGGAAAGGCAAAACUGAGAAAAAGAACAAGUUCAGUAACGGCGCAACUGGUUUAUGCAAAAUUGGCAGGCGUAAGUGUAACGGAAAGAUCCGCCCUCGUUCCUGGUCAUCUGGUUCAAGCGAAGCUGGGUUAAGUUCAAGUGAUAAUCGGGGUGAAAUGAAAACAAAGUUAAUUAAAGUAAAGAGUAAAAUCCGUGAAGUGAGAAAUAAAAGGAAAAGUGGCCAAAGAAUUCCCACAAAAAAUGAUAAAAAGAAAAAUAUUUCUGGAAGCAGCAGCAGUAGUGCGGAUUCUGUCAUACCGCUGUGUAAGCGAGUGAAGAAACAGGUGAAAGAAUGUACUUGGAAAGAGGAUGAGAAUGAAGAAAAUGACAUCUUAAAUGAAAGAAAAAGUGAAACUGAGUUUAGAGAGGAACCUUUGUGGUAUACCGAACCAAUCACUGAAUACUUGGUUCCUCUAAAUAGUAGAAGUAAACUAGAGACAACGUAUCUGAAAAGGCGAGAGAACCUGUAUGACGCUUCUAAAGAAGUAGAAGAGCUGUCUGAGUUUGUACAUGGCUUACGUUUAAACAACCACAAUCUCCACGAAACAUACCUCUCAGCAUGUACUAUUAUUGGGGGUCACUUUGUAGAAAUGCCUGCAGUUAUAAAUGAGACAAGUGGCUACACAGAGACCUCAAACUGUCCUCUUCAAGAGGAAUAUUAUUUGGAUGAUGUUCAUUGUAUUGAAAUUACACACUUCUGUGAAGUGGAAAUUGACCAAUCCAUGUUGGAUUCUGGUGCCUCGGAUAAGAUUCAAGAUGAAAGUCUUAUCUUAAACAUUUGGCAGAAACACGAACUUGAAAGUGAUUUGGAGGCAGAGUCUUGCAAAGUGUUAAAUGAGAGUUUGCAAGGGGUGAGUGCAAUAUGGACCCAAUCCACCGCUUCUAUUGGUGCUGAAGGUGAGUUCUUGGAAGGGCAUAGUAGCUUAGCGCAAUUUUGGGUGUCCUGUUCACCUUCGAGCUCUGUUGAUUCAGAUGGGGAGAGUUUGAGAGGGGACUCCCCAGAUACCUUUUCCCCCUUUUUUGACAGCACAAAGCUUAGUUCUCGCAUGCAUGCAAGCAAUCAAGGUUUAUUUGAUGAAGACGGCUCUUAUUUCACGGAGUUUGAUACGCAGUGCAGGAAUUCUGGGUUUACGCUGCCUGUGGAGAGGGCUUCCUGCGAAACGGGCGACGCAGAGGCUUGUUCCGCCAUGAAUGAGUUUUUCCAAACCCAGUCUCGGUUACGAAUUUGGACCAGAAAUAGUGCCUUUGAUGAAAACGAACAGUGUUCGAAUAUUUCAACUAGAACCUGUAGUCCGUGGUCGCAUUCAGAAGAAAACAGAUCAGAUACUGAAACAUGUAACCAUUUAGAUGAUUAUAACCAUACGUAUACCGAAGAUCUAAAUUAUGUAGCUCCUGGAGCAAAUUUAAUUUUCUGCAAUGAAGACUCGUCUGUGGAAUCAAGAUCGUUUCUGCAAAACUCAAGUCUAGGAGAGGAGUCUGCUUUUGUUAUGAACAAGAAGUCUAAAUUGGAGUCUCUGUGUGGUAUACAAUUAGAGAGGGAAAAUGUGGAGCUAUCUGACGAGAGCAGCGAUCCUAAACAAGGGUACAGCUCAGGGAUCAUUAAGGACAUUUGGGUAAAUGUGGCGGAAGGGAAUUCAGAAAAAACAGAAGAUCCGUUAAUCCCAGUUGAUGUAAGCACUUUUAGCUGUCAGGACAUCGAUGCUACGGAAGAAACAUUUGAAGAGCCCAGUAAAGCUGUUCAAAGAUCGGAAUAUCAUCUGUGGGACGGCCAGAAAGAGCUUAUAGAAAAAAGGUCUUUUUUUCAGUGUGAUGCUUCAAAACUAGAUGUUGGAGACUAUACUACCCCAUCCAAAACCUGGGAAGGUGAUUGCGGGAAAGAGAAUUCUUUUAUACUUGGAGGAGUGUACGGGGAGUUCAAAACCUUCAAUGGUGAAAGCGAGUGGGCUGUGGUCCCACCUUGUCAGGUGAAAGGAAGCCUGUUGGAAUGUGCCGCCACUGAUGUAACAACAGCCGGCACCGAUGGUUUUAUGACUUCAGGCAAUAGUUUUGCGCCAGGCCAUAGACAAUUUUGGAAGCCAUUUGUUUCGUUUGAAGAAAACCAGGCCUCAAAAAUUCAUGAUAGAAAAAACAUUAUUCAGCCAUCUUUCGUUCUACAUGAAAACCUGCUUGGGCCAUGUAACACGUUUCAAGUAGAUGAGCCAGACGUGGUCUAUUCAUUCCCUUCCUUUGAGUUAAACAACAAUUUUUCACAAUGUCUUCGUGUUGAAUGCUCAUGUGAACCUGGAGGCUUCUCUGCGGGGAGCCCCUGUGUGAAAACGGAAUCGCUGAGUUCAGAGUCUGAUGAUGAAUACAGACAUCCCAGAGUUUGCGGCGUCGAAAGAACGCAGUACAGAUCGAUAAGAAUUUCACCGCGGACCCACUUUCGCCCGAUAUCGGCAUCUGAACUCUCUCCUGGAGGAGGAAGCGAGUCUGAGUUUGACUCUGAUAAAGAUGAGGUGGCUGUGCCUUCUGUAAGUGAAGAAGUGUUUGAAUAUCCGCAGGACGAUCUCCAGCCACUGGAAGAAGAUGCAGAGAAUGAAGGCAACUUUUAUGGAAAGUCUGAACUGGAAUCCGGAAAGUUUCUUCCUAGGCUACAAAAGUCUGGAAUGGAGAAAAGUGCACAGACUUCUUUGGAUGACCAAGAAGAGUUGUGUGCUAUGUUGCCACUAGCUAAACGAGACCGUUUGGGCCAUUUUCCGAUUAUAGAAUCGUUUGAAGGGGAGCUGAUGGAGAACUCCAAAACUAAUUGCAAAAUGUUGGAGUCGAAUAAUAAAACGGCAGAGAAGACCAGCAGCAAAAUGGGCCCUGUAUCUGCUGAUGAGCUGGGAGAGUAUCCUCCACUGGGUGUUGACAUUCAAGGAGUCAAUGUCCUCAAGGAAAAACAGUGCUGGUGGCAGAAAGCCCUGUACUCUCCCUUGAUAUCUGGAUCCUUCUGUGAAUCUCAUUACACGAAUCUCAAGGAAGAAGGCAAUGAUGGUGACCGCAACAGUGAAGAGGUUCUCGGUGAUGUGUGGCGCCCCCUAUCGAUUGAGAAGACUUCCGCAUGUAAUGAGGCAAAUGUUACCAUUGACUAUGGUAUCAGAACAAGCACCUCCAGGAAGAAGAUGUACUCAAAUGACAGCUCGAGUUCUGACGCCGCCUCAGAUGGUCGACAUGAGUGGGCUGAUAUUUGUAGAGAAGAGCUCUUCUCUCGCACUCAGCUCUGAAAGAGCAAAUGCCGUUAUAGCUGCGAUGGGAAGAGGAACGCUCCAUCUGUAUUUGUAACUUAGGGUGUUCUAUUGCUACAAAUCUUUAGUUGCUUUCUUAGAUCUUAAGCAAUUGUUUUCUUUGCCCUUUCCCCAUGUUGGUAGUUGGGUUCUACAGACCCAACAAAACCUUUUUUUUUCUUUUCGUUUCGUGUAAACUGUUUAAACUAGUUAAGCUAUAAUAACUAGUUGCAUUAAAUUGCAUACCAUUUUAACCUUUUUAGCUGUAGGUUUGCCAUGUUUGUGAAAUUUGCUUUUGUCACUUAGAAACUUAUAGUUAGAGACUUCAUCUAGCGAAUUCUGGAUAAUUUAGAUUUCUAAACCUAAAACCUUGGAGGUGAAAAGACAACACUGUAAUCAGUUCAGUGCCUUUCUGAAUGCAGGAGAAUGGCAUGAAUGACUUGCCCUAUCUUUACUUAAAAAAAAAAGUUAAAAAAACAAUAUAUAUGGGUAGAUUGAAGUAGAUAUGAGAUUGUGCUUUAGAGACUUUAAGAAUACUGUGUUUUCUAUCCUAUGAUAUUUUGCUCCUCGCUAAUGGAGGAUAAUAUAGUUUGAGAUUAAGCUUGCUGGUAAAAGCCAAGGAUUUAGUAAAGUCUACAUUAGUGUGCCCCCUUGCUGUGUUUAUUUUUAUCACUUCUCGUGUUAAAUGUUUGCAGCAGGUUGUUUUUCUUUUUUCUUCGAUUUAAAGCACAUUGGUUCAUUCUAGUUUAAC